AUGUAUCACCAACUGAGCAAAUUUACCGGCAGGCUUAUGGCUUCCACCAAUCUGCAAAGCCCACUAUUCCCAGUUGCGCCGAUUGCCUUACAAAGGGUGAACCCUCCAGCUAUUCAAUACAAUACUUCUCAUAUGUCCACUGUAACUGAGGCUUCAGCCUGCCCUGCACCUGGUUCUAGGAGGCUCGUCCCUGGUACCAACGUUCCUUACUCACCCGUUAACGAAACCAUAAGGAAACGCCAAGAACUCUUCCAGAAAGACAAUGAUGUGCCUGUUUUCCUGAAGGGUGGUCCAUUUGAUGGUAUCUUGUACCGCUUCACCAUGUUUCUGUGCGUUGUUGGCCUUGUUGGCAUUGGACACGCUAUCUACAUCCACGCUGUACCCAAGAAGCAA